CCACUCUGAGCUCCAGACCUCAGAGCAUCAGAGAUAAAUCAGGACUGUUGCACCCAGACAGACUGAGACCUGGUGUGAGAGGUGUAAGAUCUGGUGUGAGAUCAGUUUUAGGGUCCUUCCAUCACCAUGAGGGUGAGACAGGUGCUGCAGCUGUUUGUCCUGCUGGUGGGAGUCUGCCCGGCCCACCACGCCCUGCUGGCAGAGGAGGCCUCCACGUCCUGGGAGGCAGGUGAGGUCCCCCUGUCCCAGAUGAGGAUGCUCUCGCUGGGCCUGGCUCACCUGCUGCACGGCGUGGAGGAGAACGCCGGGCAGCUGGAGCGUCGGGGGGAGCAGGCGGCGGCCGAGCUGGACGGGGUCACCAGGAGUGUGGAGACGCUUCACAAGCAGAGUCUACAGGCGGGACGGACUCACAGGCAGGCGAGGAAGGACCUGCAGAUCCUGAGUGCUCGGGGGGACAGACUGUGGAGGACGGUCAAAGAGCUGCAGAAGCUGCUGGAGGAUCUGGAGACGGAGCAGAGGACCUCGCAGCACCGGCUGGACCGGGUCCUCCGGAGAGUCCGGGGCCUGACCGAGCCGGGGUCAGGGGGCCGGGCUCAGCCUGACGUCAGCUCAAUGAAGGUUGUCGUGGACAAACAGACCCGACGUCUGGCCAGUCUGACCUCAGUGGUUUCAGCCCGAGACAAACUGAUCGACAGACGCCUGCAGCGCAUUGAACAUCUGGAGAAACACGCCCGUAACCUCAGGGCGUCUGACGGCGUCCCUGCAGCACUGAGGCCCGACUCUGACUCCGACUGUGUCUGACGAGCAGCUGCAUCAACACAGACGCUGGAAACGAAUCCUCCCACCAGCAGCAGAGAAAAGAUGAUUCUGGUGAAAUUGAACUGCUGAUGCUCACAGAAUCAAAUUUAGAUAAACACAACACAACG